AUAAUAAAUGAUGAUAAAGAAAAAAUGCCAAACCCUCUGAACUAGAAAAUAUCUCGAAGACGGUAUUCUGCAUAGUGGCAGUCGUCUCUUACGAAAUCACCCCUGCAAACAAAGGUCGCCCCACCAGCACUCCACUUCACACAACUUGCACACGAUUUUUCCCUCAAGUCACAAACCGCUUCUAAUAAAUCGUAUUAUUAUUUCCCCAAAUCAGAAAAACACUCAGUGAGUUAAGCGAGUCCACACUCAAAUUACAAACCCUAACUAACCACUGGUUCACUGAAAGCGAUGGCGGUUUCCGAUGUGGCAGUUUCAGCGACGGUGAUUGCUGAGGGAUCCGCCGUGUAAGAGUUAAAAUCAAGUUCUGACGGUGGUUCUCUCCACAUAACAGAAGGUUACACUGUUCUGGAACAAUUUCUACCGUAAGAUGCACUUGAUCUACAAUUCUACACCAUGCUGAUCUUGAUUUGAUUUUAACCUACAGAAGCAACAAGGGUUGGAAAUCUCACAAAGAAAGUCCUAAACCUUCUUUUGUGAACCUCCGAAAGGAAAAUAUAUAGCUGAUUUACAUCAUGAGUUAUACUAUUUUAAGUAUCACCAUUCCAGUAUCUGAGUGUGAGAACGAACGAGAUAAUGGCCAGUGGUAGCAGAAAUCCUCUUGUUGUUGGGCGUGUAAUAGGGGAUGUAUUAGACCCCUUUGAAAGUUCUAUUCGUCUCCUAAUCACCUACGGUAAUAGGAAUGUUAACAAUGGUUGUGAGCUUAAACCUUCCCAAGUAGCCAAACAACCUCAAGUGAGUAUAGGCGGAAACGAUCUCAGGAUCUUCUACACCCUGGUUUUAGUAGAUCCAGAUGCACCUAGUCCAAGUAACCCCAGUUUUAGGGAGUACCUUCAUUGGUUGGUGACUGAUAUUCCUUCAACUGCUGGGGCUAGUUUUGACAUCUUCAACGGGAUACGUCCCAUUUGCUUAAUGGUAGCUCGACCAAACAAAAUGUCAUCUGCAGCCAUCAAGUAAUGAAGUUGUAUGUUACGAAAAACCACGACCCAACUUGGGGAUACAUCGUUACGUGUUUGUAUUAUUUCGUCAACAGUGUCAACAAGUAGUGUUUGCUCCUGGCUGGCGACAGAAUUUCAAUACAAGAGAAUUCGCUGAACUUUACGAUCUUGAAUUGCCAGUUGCUGCUGUGUUCUUCAAUUGUCAAAGGGAGACUGGCUCUGGGGGAAGAACCUUUAGAUAACUUAACUUUAUUAUAUUAAUUAAUAUUCAAAAUCUAAUAUUAGUGAACACUAUACAGAACAUAUUUAAAUGUCAUCAUAGAUAUACAUAAACAUAUUAUGGCAGAUGUAUCGAGUGCUAUAUCGGUGUAGUACAAAGUUGUUAAAAAUAAAUAGUAGUUUGCACUUUAGAUUAGAAUAAGUACGUCCCCUGUUUUUUUUUUUAAUUUUAUUUGACGGGCUUAAUUAUUAGAUUUGAGGUUGUAUUAUGAUAAAAAUAUUUGGGUG